AUGUCGGGGGCAUAUGAAGAUGAUUUUGACAAAGCUGACGAAAUUAUUUACACUGGCGAAGGAGGGAACAAUUUGCUUGGCAACGGUCACCAGAAAACUGAACAAACAUUGCUUCGGGGAAACUUGGCACUGAAGAAUAGCAAGGAUAAUGGCAACCCUAUACGGGUUAUUCGUGGCCAUAUAGAAAAGAACAGCUACACUGGAAAAGUGUACACCUAUGAUGGAUUGUACAAGGUAGUGGAUUGCUUGUCAGAGAAAGGAGUGCGCGGGCAUUUGGUUUUCAAAUUCAGAUUGAAGCGUCUUGAAGGUCAACCACCUUUGACAACUUCAAGGGUGCUGUUUAAUCGUGGAGAUGUUCACAUGCCAAUUUCUGAAUUACCUGGGUUGGUUUGUCGGGACAUCUCUUAUGGGCAAGAGAACAUUCCAAUUCCUGCUACAAAUUUAGUUGAUAACCCUCCUGUUCCUCCAUCUGGCUUUGUGUACUCUAAGUCACUGCAGAUUCCAGAAUAUAUCAAGAUACCAGCUGACAGUAUUGGUUGCAACUGCAAAGGAGAUUGUUCUAGCUCUACACACUGCUUGUGUGCUGUUCACAACGGUUCUGAUCUACCAUAUGUGUCCAGACAAAAGAAAUUGAGUGCUAAGCACGUGGAUUCUACACAUAAGAAUAUUGGAAGGUUGGUGGAGCCCAAAGCAGUUGUGUUUGAGUGUGGUGCUAAUUGUAGCUGCCACUGCAGCUGUGUAAAUAGAACAUCCCAGCAAGGAUUGCAAUACCACCUAGAGGUGUUCAAAACUGAGCUAAAAGGUUGGGCUGUAAGAACGUGGGACACUAUUCUUCCUGGGGCACUCAUCUGUGAAUACACUGGGGUAUUGAGGAGGAACGCUGAAGUUGAAGGUUUGCUGGACAACAACUACAUAUUUGAUAUAGACUGUCUUCAGACCAUUAAAGGCCUGGAUGGGAGGAAGCAAAGGUCUGGCUCAGAACUGCAUAUGGCAUCUCUUCAAGACGAGCAUGACUCCGAGGCUUCUCAAGCCCCAGAGUAUUGCAUUGAUGCUGGUUCCAUCGGCAACAUUGCGAGGUUCAUAAAUCAUAGCUGCCAACCGAACCUUUUCAUCCAGUGCAUAUUGAGCUCACAUAGAGAUAUCAAGCUAGCAAAAAUCAUGCUUGUUGCAGCUGAUACCAUACCACCUCUUCAGGAACUCUCGUAUGACUACGGGUAUGGCAUGGACAGUGUCAUUGGUCCAGAUGGCAAUGUUGUCAAGUUAGCUUGCCACUGUGGUGCCUCUGACUGCCGAAAGCGGCUCUAUUAG